AGGAGAGACGAAGAAAAAGGUGUGUGGAGUGCUGGUGCAUGCAAGCUUAUAUGGUACCACCACUGCAUAUAUCAUUACUUCUGCUACCAGUAUCAGUCUAUAAAAUAAUUCAACAUGGAAACUGCGAACUUCACAAAGUCCCACAAGAAGAACACAAUCUUUCUUCCUUAGGAUAUGGUCUACCAACAUGAUUUUCGUAUCAAUUAAAGUUGUAAAAGACAAAACUGAACGGAAUAAAGAUGACCCUUUUACCCCAAUGAUUCUGCAUAAUUUUCAAUGGAAUCUCAUAUUUUCAGAGUCCUUGGGAUUGAAAAGAAGGAAGCUAAACCAGUGGGCCAUAGGGUUGAACCCUGCUACUCUUACGUUCCCUUUACGUCUCACUAUCUAGUCCUAAAUUCUUCAAUGAAAUCCAAUAUUUUCUAUACACUCUUUCAAUGCAAGAGGCUACGUAUAGGUAUCAUAACAAAGGGUUGAAAAUAGCAUAAAAUAAAACCGUAACGUCUUCAUGUUUGUCGUGCUUUCAUGUUCUACAAAUAUUCAGUCAUUUGGUUUAUUGUAAACUGCCAUCUGAACUAUGUUAGAAUAUCUGUUAAAACACUCAUUAAUUUUCAGUCAAGAUCAAGCUUUUUAGGUGCAAUUCAAAGUAAUCAUCAUUUUAAACUCUAAUUGAUUUAAUUCUAGUUAACUUCAACAUAGUUUCAUUUUUUUAAAUGAAAUAUAAACAUCGAUGCACAAUAAGAGUCCUUCUCGUACGGGAGCUGCAUGAUGAAAAAAGAGAAAUUAGAAUCUCUCUUUCUUUUCCAAGUUGUCAUGAAUUGAAAAUUUUGAAUGUUAUAUAAAGAUUGAUUGAAAUAGUAGACACACGAUGAUGAUAUAAAGCUUGAACUAUUGUGAUGUAAUGUACAGUGGUGUUUUGACUAAGGUGAGUGAUACUCUUGAAAUGAUGUGAUGAUGUUAAAUAUGUUGAAUCUUCCACGUUAGUGUCAGUCUUUCAGUACCGUAACUGGUCCUUUGAUAGGUACUGAUUACUGAACCAUUUGCACUAUGUUGGGUAGCACACAGAGAAUAUACUCCACCAGAACACGACAUUUCACCUAUUUUGAAACUCGUGAUAACCACUGAAUACUCUUUUAUUAAAAGCUGUCCUGCAUAACCUAUAGCCAUACUCAUACGCUGCACAGUUUCUUAGCUUCAAAUUUCAAAGAAUCUCCUUCAUUAUCGCUUCCUGUUCUUGUUUUAUGCUGUGUCUUGUAGCUAGUAAUGUUUGUUUUACACACACACCUUAGUUAUCAAAGGACACGGCAUCUAAAAGUUUAUAAUGUUUGAAUUUUGGUUUGGCUCAUGUACCAAUAACAACAUAAAGACAUGAACACAUGUUUAUCAGUCAUUGUAGAUUUGUUUACAUUAUUUCCUGAAACCUCUUCCAUGCAUCUGGUAAGUCUGUUAACUUUAGGAGAGUUGUCAUAGACAUCAAAGAGUCCUUCAUCAAUUUUGAUAUUACAUGUAAAAUGAUAUCUCCUUUCAUAAUUUCAUAAGCAUGUUACAUGGAGACCAAAUCAUUUUUCUGUCAAACAUAGUUGUUAGUUUUAGACUGUCCUGUGGGAUUCAGUUAUGAACAACUACUGAGUUGGAUUCUUGGAUAAAAAUGGCUGUUCAAAACUCUCUCCAAAUAGCUAGAAGUGGUACUGGUGAUUAUGAUGAUGAUGGGCGUGCCAAGAGGACUGGAACUACACGGAGUGCUGUGGCUCAUAUCAUCACAGCCACUAUUGGUGCUGGUGUUCUGUCUCUGGCAUGGAGUACUUCCCAGUUGGGAUGGAUUGCAGGACCAUUUUUCUUGCUUUUUUGCGCAUUUGUGACGGGUGUUUCUUCAUUCCUCCUUUCCGAUUGUUACAGAACUCUGGAUCCUGUAACUGGAAAAAGAAACUAUACUUACAUGGAUGCUGUUAGAAUCUAUCUUGGCAAUAAAAGGACAUGGUUGGCUGGUUUCCUUCAAUAUUUGAGCUUGUAUGGGGUUACUGUUGCUUAUGUAAUUACAACAGCAACCUGUUUGAGAGCAAUACUGAAAUCAAAUUGUUAUCACAAGGAAGGACAUCAAGCUCCUUGUAAAUAUGGGGAUACAGAAUACAUGUUGCUGUUUGGACUAGUUCAGAUCAUAAUGUCAUUCAUACCAGACCUUCAUAACAUGGCAUGGGUUUCAGUUGUUGCUGCCAUAAUGUCCUUUGCAUAUUCAUCUAUUGGACUUGGACUUGGAAUCAAAACAGUAAUAGAAAAUGGAAGAAUUAUGGGUAGUUUAACUGGAGUACCAGCUGCAAAUAUUUCUGACAAGCUAUGGUUAAUCUUCCAAGCAAUUGGUGAUGUUGCCUUUGCUUAUCCAUACUCAGUCAUCCUCCUUGAGAUAGAGGACACUCUCGAGUCUCCUCCACCAGAAAACAAGACCAUGAAAAAGGCCUCCAUGAUUGCUAUCCUCAUUACAACAUUUUUCUAUCUCUGUUGUGGAUGCUUUGGAUAUGCAGCUUUUGGAAAUCAAACACCAGGGAACCUCUUGACAGGGUUUGGGUUUUAUGAGCCUUAUUGGCUCAUUGACUUUGCUAAUGCUUGCAUUGUUCUUCACUUGGUGGGAGGAUAUCAGAUUUUCUGUCAGCCGAUAUAUGGUGCUGUUGACAGAUGGUGUUCAAAAAGAUACCCUAACAGUGGCUUUGUGAAUAAUUUCUACCAAAUGAAGCUGCCUUGGUUGCCAGCUUUUCGGAUAAACUUGUUCAGGAUAUGUUUUAGAACAGCCUAUGUGAUUUCCACUACUGGACUUGCGAUCCUAUUUCCUUACUUUAAUCAAGUUCUGGGAGUGUUAGGAGCAUUGGGCUUUUGGCCAUUGGCUAUAUAUUUCCCAGUAGAGAUGUAUUUUGUGCAGAGGAAAAUUGAAGCUUGGUCUAGAAAAUGGAUUGUCUUAAGAACCUUCAGCUUUAUUUGCUUUCUUGUGUCACUGCUAGGUCUCAUUGGAUCACUUGAAGGAAUCAUAAGCGAGAAACUAAGCUAAUGAAGGGUGCUUCAUUUGCUUGCCUUCAUUGUCUUCUUGGCAUCUAUUUCAUGUAUUUCAGUUUCACGUUAAUUCCAUUGUUUGUAAAGUUGGUCUUGUGCAUGUAACAGUCUUGUUUGGUGAAGAAUUCCCUUUAAAAAAAUGUAAUAUGGAUUAUUGGUUCGAGCCUAAAAUUUGUAAAGGUCACCUUAAAUUUUGUUUUGAAUUUACGUAAUAUAAAGUCGUAUAUACCAUAUGGAUUAGACAUGUUUUUUU